UUUAGAUUUUUAGUGUUUUUAUAUUAAAAAUGAGUAAAAAAAAUCAGAAAAGUGCAAAAAGCGAAAAUAGUUUUUUUAUGCAAGGAGAUCAAAAGAUCAUAGUUGGUACAAAACUUGAGGCAAAGGAUUUUUCUGGAGAAUGGUAUCCUGCACGAGUUGUUAAAAUAAAAUCUGAUGAGAAGAUGAUACUUGUUCAUUUUGAAAGAUGGAGUUCCCGGUUUGAUAUUUGGCUUCCUUUUAAUAGUGAUCAAAUAAGAAUGCUCAAGUGUAAUAAAACUAAAGAAAAGAAAUGGAGGCUAGGUGACAGAAUUGUUGCUAAAUGGGGACCAGCUGCGAAAAUGUAUCCUGCCACAAUUUCAAAGUUUGUAUCUGAAUCUACUGUUGAAAUAACAUUUUAUGAUGGAAUCAAGAAAAAUAUAAAUAAAGCUUCAUUGAAAUCUGAUACAGAGAAAUUAUACAGACAGUUUUGUUUUGGUUUACCGCGGAAACAGAUAAUUGCAUCAAAUAAAUUGGAAAGUUCUUCUGAACAAUCAAGACCAUCUAAUAAAGGAAAAAGAAAACUAAGUGAAACAACUUCUAAAUCUGACCUUAUUAAAUCCGACCUUCAUUUGAAGAAGCCAUUUAAAUCACAAAAUCUUUUAACUGAUGCUGUAGAAAGUAACAACGACUUGAAACAAAUAAGCAGUUCAAGGACUUCACGAAAUAAUUCAUUAUGUUCUUCUCACAUUAAACCUUUACAAAAUUUAGAGCAAAAAGAAAAGUUGUUGUCAGAAAAAAAACACUGUAUUCAAUAUAUGGAAUCAGCUAAGGGAAACGAAAUUAAUUUUAGUGAUAAUAGUUUAAAAUGUAUUGCUUACAAAAGCCAAAUUUUAACAAGUAAGUUGAACAUUUUUCCUAAAUCUUCCAACAGUGUUGCUAUUAUGAAAAAAAAUGCUCAUGAAUAUGUCAUGUUUCCAGUUGUGUCUGAAGAAGAGAAGAUUGAGAAAAAAAAUUUUAACGAUGUUACUCAACUAUUAAGUUCAAGUGAAAAUGAUAAAUUAACAAAAAUUAAAGAUUGUCAAGAACAGGUUAAAUCUGUAAAGCAUCAUAUAACAACAUUGUUACCUACAAAUGAAUCUGGUAGUGUAUUACUACAUUCAAAUGAAUAUGAUAGUGUAUUAUUUCCUUCAAAUGAAUCUGAUAGUGUAUUAUUAUCUUCAAAUGAAUCUGAUAGUGUUUUAUCAAAUUAUAUACCAUUAAAUAUACAUGAAAUUAGUAUUCCACAUGAAAAUCAGUUAACAAAUUGUAGUAAAACAACUUUAAUCAAAAAGUUACCAUCAAAUAUUGAAUCUGACCUCCUUGAAUCGAUAAAAGAAAAUUGUUCAUUAAUAAAAAGUUUUGAUAAUGGAAAUGAAACCCCUAAAAAGAUUAAAUUAAGUGAAAUAAAUACUUUAAUGAAAGAUCAAACACUCAAAAACAAGGAUCAAACACUCAAAAUCAAGGAUCAAACACAAGUCACAAAUAAUGGUGAUCCAUCAACAAAACAAUUGUCAAGUGAUGAUGAUCAAUCAACUAUACAAGAAUCAAAUAAUGUAACUCAAUCUUCUCUACAACUAUCAAGUGACUGUAAUCAAAUAACUCUACUGUUAUCAAGUAGGAGUAACCCAACAACCUUACAAAUACCUGUUGAUCAAGAUCAGUUGAUUUUACAAAUACCGAAAUCUGACCAAUUAGGUUUACAAUCCUCAAAUAUUGGAGUUCAAUCAACCUUAAAAAUAUUAAAUGAUUCUAACAAAUCAAAUAAAGAUGAAACAUCAACCUUUCAAGUAUUAAAUAGUUCUGACCAAUCAAAUCAAGGUGAAACCUUACAAGUAUAUAAUGAUUGUGACCAAUCUAUUGUUUGUGAUAAAUUGCCCUUAAAAAAAUGUAAUUAUUGUGACCAAUCAAAUAAUGGUAAUCAACCAUCCUUACAAAUAUCUAGUCAUUGUGACCUUUUAAAUGAUAGUUACCAAUCAACUUUACAAAUAUCUAAUAAUUGGGACCAAUCAAAUAGUGAUAUUCCGUUGCCCUUACAAUUAUCUAAUAAUGACAACCAUUCAAAUGUUGACCAGUUGACCAUACAAGUAUCAAAUGAUUGUGACCAAUCAAUUUUGCUUGUAUCAAAUAAAGGUGAAUUAGCAACAUCACAUCUUUCAAACAAUAGCAACCAGUUAAACAAAAUUAAUGAUGAUCACGUUUCAAAUAAUUGUAAGCAGCUUACCUCAAGAUUAUUAAAUGAUGAACAAAUAAAAUUACAUGUACCAGAGGGUUUCAAUCAAACAACUUUACAUGUUUUAAAUGAUGGUGAACAAAUAACUAAAAAACAUUUAGUUGAUCAUAAUGUUAUAAAUAUGAAAAAUAGUUUUAAACCAUUAUUCAAUAAAAGCAAGUUGGUUUCUGCUGAUUCUUUUCAGCAAAGGCGAUCAAAUAGGGAACGAAAAGAAAAAAAGUUUAUUGAUGAUAUUGAUCAUAAGAUAAAUGAGAAUAUAAAGAAAGGUUUGUUAGAUGCAAGUUCAGUUAAGAAAGGUUUGUUAGAUGCAAGUUCAGUUAAUGAGGUAACUUCAGCACCUCAGUCAAAUUGUAAAACUAAAACUAAAAUUAAUUUAAAAAGUAAACCUGAUACAAAAAUUAAAAAUGAGAUAGCUUCACCUAAGUUUGAAGAGCAGGUUCCUCUUAAUGAAAAUAAGGAAACAUCGAUAAGUGAAGUUUGCAAAAAAAAAAUAAAAACAUCUGUUUUAAAUAAGGAAGUUCCUGCUAAUUUUAAAAAACAAAGAAAGUGUAAAAAGUUUGAAGAUAAAUAUGAACUUUUUAAAAAAAAAUGGAAAGAGGAAAAAGAAAAAAGAAGAAAAAUUCAAAAUGAUAGUGAAACUACAGAUAAUCAUUUUUUUGACAAAAAAAAAGAAAACAAUAAAUCUAUUGACAUUUUAGAGGAAAAUGAUAAAACAUCUGAUUUCAAAAAACUUACACCGUUUUCAAAUGAUGAACUUGGUCUUGAAACCAAGACAAAUCACGAGUCUAUUCUUUUAGUUAAGGUCAAUAAUAAUUCAGAUGAAGAAGGUAAGAUUAAAGUGCCAGUAUUCCAAAGUAAGCUUGUUGAUGAAUCUGUUCCUGAAAAUAACGAGUUUGUCCUUAAUAAAGUUGUUGAUGAAAUGGAUUUAAAUGCUAAAAACUUGCAUAGCAAAGAUUUAAAUAUUGCAUAUAACAACAGUGAUUUUUUAGAUAUUGUAUGCAAUAGCAAUGAUAAAAAAAUUCUUGCUUCCAAUUUAAAUAAUGAAUUCAAUAGUUCCUGUGUAAAACCUAAACGUAAUAGAGGUAGACCAGCAAAAGUUAAAGUUGGUAUAAUUAAUAAUGAUAUAAACAAGUUACUUGGAAUAAAGCGGAAAAAACAACUUUCUAUAACCAAAGAUAGUUGUACUCCUGGUGAUACAAUGUCAAUGGCAAGUAUGGUUUCAAAAAUUCCAUUUUAUGUAAAAAAGCAAGUAACACCAAUGUUGCAUUCUGAAAAUGCUGAUAAGUCCCCCUUACCUGUUUCAAAUAUUUUAUCGAAGCAACCACCAGAAAGCUCUUCUUUCAAAACAAUAAAUCAAUCUCUGAUAUAUAGAGAAGAUUCUGAUAUUAAACAUUCUAGAUCUGACUCAAAUAAUGCAGAAGUCUCUGUAUCUAACAUUGCUGUAGAAAAUGCUUUUGUUUUGCAAAAGGAAUCAGAUGAAUCCAUUAUUGUCAUACAACAAUCUUUAGAUGAAGUUGAAAAUAGUAAUCAUUUUUCAACAAACGACGAAAAUAUAAAUAAUAGAGAUUUUUCAGCAAAAAACUUCUCAGAAAAAUCUUAUGAUGUUUCUGAUAAAUUAAAUGAAAUCAACUUGACUGAUAUAAAACUUUAUGGAAAAAAAAAUGAACCAAAGUUACGCAACAGAAAGUUCAGUGUGGAUUUCAUAGCUGGUCAAUUAAAAUCUAAGCAUAAACUUUUUCAAAAAAAAUGUCAUCUUUUACAAAAACGUAAAAGCAUGAAUAUUCCUCUUCAAAAAAAAUUUUCUAAAGCUAUUAAGUCUAAAAAACUUGUAAAAAAAUCUGCUAUUAAUAUUGUAAAUGAUAUGAGUAAAAAACUUAAAUCAAAAAAUAUAAAAAAAGUUUCCAUGUAUAGCUCUUCAUUUGUUUCAACUUUAACGCCUCAACAAUAUUCGCAAGAAAAACAAAAUGACAAUAAUGAUGUAUAUUCAGCUUCUAUAGAAAAUAAAUUUUUGAACUUAAAUGAUGGUCUUAAUAUGUUACCUGAGCUUAAAGUUCAAAUGCACUCAGUGGAAGAUAUGUGUUUUGAUGUCAUUGGUAUGAAAAAUAAAGGAUUGUUAAAGAUAUCUAACACAUCAGUAUGUGGUAACACACCAGUAUGUGAUAUCAAAACAGAAUCUGAUGCAUCUCAAUUAUCAACUAAUAUACAACAAGUUGUUUAUAAGAAAUGCUAUAACGAUGACUCAGGAGACAACAAAAUAUGUAAUAGAAGCAUGGUAAGUAGUAAAGAUUCAAAAUUUGAUUCAAAACAACAGCAAAAAAAGCAAAGAAAAAAUAAAAUGUUACAGAAAUGUGAAAAAAAAAUUCAAAUGAGGCAUGCAGAAUCAAGUGUUUCUGUUUAUACACCAGUUGUGUCUCUGAAAGAGGAUGUUGAAGUAUCUCCUGUAGACAUUGAAAAAUUGAAUCUUUAUGAAAGUACUGAAACUGAAAGUGAAUCUGAAGGAGAGUUACCAUCUGUAGAUGAUUGUGUAAAAUGUUUAUGCGAAGAUGAUUGUGAACUUGGUUUUAUGAUUCAGUGUGAGCAAUGCUUAACAUGGCAACAUGGGGAGUGUGUUGGAUAUGCUCAACCAAAAGAUGUUCCUUUGUUUUACCUGUGUCAUAUAUGUUCGAACCCUAAAGGUUUACGCAGUGCUUCAAUGUUUGAUAAUGACUACACAUGGUAUCGACAUGGUUAUUUACCUCCAGUUUCACCACCUGUGACUUCUCAUCCUUGUGUCCCAUCAUUGUUAGUUGACCAAGAAAACAAAGAUGUUCUCAGCAGCAUAAUGAUGAUUACACAUGCCAUGAUUACUGAGCUAUUUGUGAUUCGUGAAAUACACCAAGAAGUGCGAAAUCGGUGUCUAUUUUAUGGACACCAAGAUAUUCAAAAAGAUUUGUCUCUAAAUCACACAAGAGAUCAUUCUUUUAUAGAAGAAAAUGGUAUAAAUACAAGUAUUUAUGGUAAUCAUGAUAAUGUGUCACCUAAUUCUAUUAACAUGUUAAAGGUGUGCAGUAUGGAAAAUAUAGAAGAAAGCCAAAUUGAUCAUAAAACAAAUGGUUUUUAUAACAACAAAAAUGAUAAAAGCAAGCAGAUGAGAAGUUUAAAUGAAGUUUAUAGCGAAGUUCAUUAUCAAUCAAAAAGUAUUUCAAAUCAAAUAAAGAAUAACAAUAAUGGAAAAAUUGAAUUUGAUGAAAGUUUAGACUCUGCAAAUGGAACUAAUACAAAAAUUGAUUUAAAUGACAACUUAAAUCUUAAAAACUUAAGUAUGCAACAUGGCUUAAGUAUGCUUGAGUUUUUUCACAAUUGUCAGUAUAACAGUGAUACUAAAAAAUACUUGUUGACACAAUACAAACUUCUUUCAGAACUUGAAAGCAUUGAAAAAACAAUAGAUUUGAGGCUGAAGUUAAUAGAUAAAAAGCUAUCCGAAAUUGAAAUGGAAUACGAUAUUAUAAAUCAAAAAACUGUUUUAAAUGAAAUUGUUGGUGUGACAAACCUGUCAAAUCUUCUUUCGUAUUUACAUUCGAGAAAAUGGAACCGUGUUAUUGAUGUUAUUUCCUCAAUUCAAGAGAUAUAGUAAACCUUAUAAAAUUGUAUUUAUGUUUUUUUAUUUAAAUAUAACUCUUGUCCGUAUAAA